CAGUCAGAAGUGGGGGAUGGCAGGGCCUGUGCUCACACUGGGGCUGCUGGCUGCCCUUGUUGUGUGUGCCCUCCCAGGCAGUCAGGCCCUGAAUGAGGAACAAAGGCUGAUCCAGCACCUCUUCAAGGAAAAGGGCUAUAACAAAGAACUCCGGCCAGUGGCUCAAAAGGAGGACAAAGUGGAUGUCGCCCUAAGUCUCACCCUCUCCAACCUCAUCUCCCUGAAAGAAGUGGAGGAGACCCUCACCACCAACGUGUGGAUAGAUCACGCCUGGAUGGACAGCCGGCUCCAGUGGAAAGCCAAUGACUUUGGGAACAUCACUAUCCUGCGCCUGCCCUCUGACAUGGUGUGGCUACCAGAGAUUGUACUGGAGAACAACAAUGACGCCUCAUUCCAGAUUUCUUAUGCCUGCAAUGUGCUUGUUGAUGACGCGGGUCAUGUGACCUGGCUGCCACCCGCCAUCUUCCGCUCCUCCUGCCCUAUCUCGGUCACCUACUUCCCUUUCGAUUGGCAGAACUGCUCACUCAAAUUCACUUCACUCAAGUAUACAGCCAAGGAGAUCACACUCAAUCUGAAGCAGGAGAAGGAAGACAACCGCACCUACCCCAUCGAGUGGAUCAUCAUUGAUCCUGAGAGUUUCACAGAGAACGGUGAGUGGGAGAUAGUGCACCGGGCAGCCAAGCUCAAUGUGGACCCCAGUGUCCCAAUAGACAGCACCAACCACCAAGAUGUCACCUUCUACCUCAUCAUCCGUCGCAAGCCGCUUUUCUACAUCAUCAACAUCCUGGUACCCUGUGUCCUCAUCUCCUUCAUGAUCAACCUGGUCUUCUACCUGCCAGGCGACUGUGGAGAGAAGACCUCAGUGGCCAUCUCAGUGCUCCUGGCCCAAUCUGUAUUCCUCUUGCUUAUCUCCAAGAGGUUGCCGGCCACAUCCAUGGCCAUCCCCUUGGUAGGCAAGUUCCUGCUUUUCGGCAUGGUCCUUGUCACCAUGGUUGUGGUGAUAUGCGUCGUCGUCCUCAACAUCCACUUCCGAACGCCCAGCACCCACGUGCUGUCCGAGGGAGUCAAGAAGCUCUUCCUGGAGACCCUGCCCAAGCUCCUGCACAUGUCCCGCCCAGCAGAGGAAGACCCCGGUCCCAGGGCUCUCAUCCGGAGAAGCAGCUCUCUGGGAUACAUCUCCAAGGCAGAGGAGUAUUUCUCACUUAAGUCCCGCAGUGACCUCAUGUUUGAGAAGCAAUCAGAGCGACAUGGGCUGGCCCGGCGCCUCACCACAGCCCGCAGGCCACCAGCAAGCUCUGAGCAGAUCCAACAGGAGCUCUUCAGUGAGAUAAAGCCAGCUGUGGAUGGGGCAAACUUCAUCGUCAACCACAUGAGGAACCAGAACAGUUACAAUGAGGAGAAGGACAACUGGAACCAGGUGGCCCGCAUAGUGGACCGUCUCUGCCUGUUUGUGGUGACACCCAUCAUGGUGGUGGGCACAGUCUGGAUCUUCCUGCAGGGUGUCUACAACCAGCCCCCAACCCGGCCUUUCCCUGGGGACUCCUUCUCCUAUAAGGAAAAGGAUAAGCGCUUCAUCUAGAGCAGAGAGGGUGACUCCUCUCCAUUCCCCAGGGAAGGAGGUUUUCUAGGAUGGUGGACUGUCCAGGUUGUCAUCUAUCAGCCCCUGAUUCCUUGGUCAUUCUGUCUGGGUCCUUCUGAGAAGUGUGGGACUGGCGUGGAAGGAUCAUGCUUGACGUCAGUACAAGGCCCAUCAGUGUGAGUCACACACAUCCUAGAACACCAGGACCCAGCCCCUCUAAUGUACCCCCACUCCAAGCCCCUCCCUCCUAGCCCCAGGCUCUCCAAAGCAGGGCUGCCUAGAAAUAUUUGAGGUGCACUUGU